AUCCGGGACUUCCGGCCCGUGUAGCCAUUUUGCCUUCCUGACCUUGGGUCGCUGCGCUCGCCGUCUCCGGCCUCGCGCGGUCAUGUCUGUCCUGACGCCGCUGCUGCUGAGGGGCCUCACGGGCUCGGCCCGGCGGCUGGUGGUGCCGCGCGCCCAGGUCCACUCGAAGCCGCCGCGGGAGCAGCUCGGGAGCGUGGAUGUCGCCGCUGCACUCACCUCCUGCUUCCUGUGUUUCUUCCUGCCUGCGGGCUGGGUCCUGUCACAUCUGGGAAACUACAAGAAGCGGGAGUAAAGGGGGCUGUGCUCCUGGAAGCUGUGACUAGACUACUCUCGCCGGCCCAUUCUGAUCAUGGCUCCUGCAUUUCUGGCUGGCCUUCCUGGAUCAUGUCCUUCAGCUCAUCACCUCUUCUGCAAUCAUGACUUCCACCAUAGCCUUGUGGUGACACCUGGAAUCAUGUAUAUUGAUUGGCUCUGCUCUGUGGGGGCGCUCUGGUAACAAUAAAGUCUACUUAAAUCUCCAAAAA